AUGACGACCAUCUACCUCGCCCAUACCGUGCCAGUCAACCCGCCGGGCGCCACCCCUGUCUUGUCCGAGGCCCAGGUCUUUGCCGGCUUCCAGCGCAAGAUCCGCCAGCCCGGGGAGUUUGUCCCGGCCAUCGCGGCGUCCGAGGUCCUGUCGGACGCCGACGGUGUCGUCAAGCGCAAGGUCACCUUCAAGGCCGCCCCGAACGCGGACCACCCCACGCAGGUCGUCGAGGUCUGCACCGAGCACGCCCCGCACCGCGUCGACUACGCCCUGGACAAUGGCAGCACCGUCCUCAACCUGAUCAGCACGGGCUCCAGCGGCAACGCCGACGACCUGUACGUGACCUAUGCCUUCGCGUGGAAGCACCCGGAGUCGCUGGCGGUGGGCAGUGCCGAGUACAGCGAGACGGAGGCGCGGCACAAGGCCGUGGCCAAGCUGGCGGUGGAGUCGAGCAUCGCCACGACACGGCGGCUCGUGAGCGAGGGGGCGAUUUAA